UUAAUACUUCGGUCUGGUUUACUCUGAAGUAAAAUACCCUAGCAAGUUGUAACGUCCUAUUGCUUUCACUUGUUUUACAGAAAAGUAUACCGCAUUAAAACAAGGAAGGUCACGACGGUAAUGUUUCGAAAGUCGUAAUAUGUAAGGAUAGUACACUGUAAACUGGGCUAAGCAUUUGAACUCCACCUGUAACGAAGAUGUUCCUUCUAGCUAUUCUAAUAGCAUUAAGCUAACGGAUGUAGCACUGUUUGCGCUGUGUAAUUGACUUGUGUGGGCGACCGAUUUUGUUACUUUAAAUUUUAAAUUACGUUUAAUUUGAAAACAAAUAAUCGCUUGUGUCGACGAAUAGCGUUAGCUAUCCAGAAACACUCUCGUUUACUCCUUGAUAAACAUUAGCUCAUACUGUUUUAGCUUGUUGCUAAUCGUUGCUUUCUUGUCACUUAGCAUGAAUGUGACGAACAAGGCCAUUAAUUGGGGUAUGUAACCAAUGUAUUAAUUGUUCGCGAUGGCAGGAUUAAGCUUUAUCCCUGCCAGAAAGCAGGAUGUUUUCAGUAUUGAGACGGUUAACCCGUCACGUUAUCGAUCGAGUGACGCAUCUAGCGGAGAGGAGGCAAGGCAGUUCUAUGAACACGUCACUAAAGAUGUCAAAGUAGAAGAAGGGACACUUAAAACACAAUGUGAACGACUGCACCAGAGGAAACACACUGACAGAGACUCCAGCAGGAGAAGGAGGGCUUCAGAGAUACCAGUUCAAACAAAUAUGGUGGAAAGAAGAGCUGGUGAAGGCAGCCAAAGAAGAGAGACUGCACAGGGGCUCAUCAUGAACUCAGAGAGGUUGUUGGAGUUCCAGGGUCUCAAGCUGCUCCGCUGUGCUCAAGAAGGCAACCUCGCUGGUGUCAAAGACUUGCUUUCAAAUGGGGCUGACAUCAACUUCAAGGAUUCGUUUUUCUGGACAGGCUUAAUGUGUGCAAGCUGGUCAGGACAAAGAGCUGCUGUGAGGCUGCUGCUGGAGCAAGGAGCUGCCUGGGUGGGUGUGGUUGACACUCAGGGUCGGGAUGCCAGAGAUCUGGCCUUGCAGGCGGGCCACAGCGGUGUGUUGGAAGAGCUGGAGAGCUACGGGAGAAGUCCAUCUCCACCCAGACAAACAGACAGUGCUCUGCAGCCUCAGUGGUGUGAUGUUUGUCAUUCCAGUUACACAAGCAGCCUGUCCUCACAUCUCUCUUCUACUCUACAUCAGUUCAGUCGGCAGCGCCCACCGCCUGCCCCCUAUUACUGUCUCCCCCCAUCCUCCAACAGCUACAAGAUGAUGCUCAAUUGUGGUUGGCAGCCUGGCAAGGGGCUCGGCCCAAAGGGUGAGGGGUCCAAACUACCAGUGGCGACCAUCCUGAAGAGAGACCAAAAAGGCCUCGGUUACGGGAAAUUGAAAAAAGCCAAAGUGACUCACUUCAAAGCCAGAGAUCAGGAUGCGGUGAAAGGACAUCAUGCGGAAAAAGAGGAAACGGGAAGGAAAGGGAAGACGAAUGAGGAAAGUCAGAGAAAUGAACAAAAAGACAAGAACUGGGAAAGAGAUUUCCGUAGUUCUUUUUAUCUCUGAUGAUAGCACUUUUUAGCUGCCAAUAUUUCAUAUUGUAUUCAAAUAAAGACACAUGGACAUGGGCGUUCUUUUAUUUCACUUUAAUAGCCUCUUAUGUCAUUCAAACUGCAUGAUAAAUAUACAGUAUAUGACAAUACCUGUGAAAUGAGUUCCUGUUCAAUAUU